AUGGACCCAAAACUAAACGACCUUCUUCAUUGGGCGGUAGAAAACACCGACCGAAACACCAACGGGCUACCUUCCGAAAAUCAAACACGAUCUAGUAGUACAGCCGUGGCACCGGUACCGUCUUCUGGUCCCGUUCCACUCUCAAUCACCUACACUCCCCAUGAUUCUACUCAAGCUCCUAGUCAAACGGCAAAUAAAAAACUCGAUACCGGGGUACUCGACGCUAUACUCGGUAGGACUGAUGCCGUCAGAAUGAGAGAAGCCAUGUCUAUUUUUGAAGAUCCGGAUAAACCGAUCCAUGAACGCUGUAAUGCUGGCGAAGAACUAGAAGACUUGAUUCAGGAUCUCGACAACGCCAAUGAUAUGGAAAUCUUGGGCUUUUGGCCCAAGCUGAUGAACUUGUUGGAAUCGAAUACCUCUGGUGGUGACGACAACGAUUUGAUCAAAUUUCACACUUGUUGGAUCUGCGGAACAGCCGUUCAAAAUAACCCAAAAUCUCAAAUUGCGUUUUUGAAAAGAGAUCCUCUGCCGACAAUUCUAGAGAUUUUGUGCCAUGCAUCCGAGGGCACUCAGGCGAAAGCCUUGUACUGUUUGAGCUCGACGUUGAAACACGCUCCUGAGGAGACGCAGGCGAUGAAAAAAUUUUGCGAUGCGCAUGGGUGGGAGGCAUUACAUGAGUGUCUCCGAGGACCACCGAUGACACUGCGGCGAAAGGCGGUUUUUCUUAUCAAUACGUUGCUGCUUGAAGAGUCGCUGAACUUGGAAGAACUCCGGUCCGCCGGUUUACUCAAUACCUUAAUCGCUUCCUUAUCCCCCUCAAGGGCAAUCCCAGCUGGGAAAGACGGAGAAUUGAGCUCCCAGGAUGAAGACUAUGUUGAAAAAGUUCUUCGAACGAUCGCAACGAUUCUAAUAAACUCAUCAUCAAGGCCAAACCAAGCGGUAUCAGAUGACGAGAAGAACCUCAUAAAAGAAGUCCUUAAAGAACUAAAACUCGACUCCAAAAGUUUCAAGCAACUGGUAGAGUCCUCAGGAAUCGGCGAGACUGAAUGGUCACAGGCUUUAGGGACAUUAGGUCCCGAGCUUAAAUAG